CUGAGUUGUCGGUUAGACUUAGACUAGAGGUUCGUGAUUGGAUUUCUACCACCUAUGAUUGUGUUUAGUAUUUACAAAAUUUAGUGUCAUUUGAUUAUAUUUUCGCUGUACCGUUUUACGAAGUUGGAAAAUGUCUCAUUUAUUCAAAUGAGGUAAUGUUGAAGAAAUAACAGUUUUUCUCAUUUGAGGUUUAUUUAGACCUCAUGGAAUUACCCUGGUUGUCAUGACCACCAAAGUUGUUGACUUCUUAAAUGAAUCUGGUGGCAGUAAUUUUACUGAAACUGCAACUCGACCACCUACAUAUGGGGAGGAGAAUGAGCUUCAGUCUAAUGGAGGCAAUUCAACCAAAAGCAGCAGCUCUCAUAAGAGCCAUGUAUCCAGCAAAUCGUCCUCCAAAAGUGUGGCCUCCACACACUCACCCGCCACCACACCUCGAAAGUCCAACUUGGAAGGGCUUAAAAUAUCUGAUACCAUGAUCCACACUAGUCUCUGUGAGGACAGCGAGAUGGCAGCACCGCUGGGUUUUGAACCUGAAGGUAGUGUUGCCAACUCACCUCCUUACUCUGAAAAUGGAACACCUCCUCAUCUAAAAUGGGCUGAAAAUUUAAGUUUUCUUUUAGAGGAUUCGGAAGGUGUGGAGCUUUUUAAAUUUUUCAUGGAUCAGGAACUAGAAGGAGGUUCUGAAGAACUGCAAUUCUGGUUUGCAUGUCAAGGAUUAAAGAGAAAGAUAGGUGUUGAUUCUUUGGAUUGUACAAUUACAAAUAUCCAGAAGGCCAUUUAUAAACGUUAUGUUCGCAGUGAAAAGGUAAAAUGCAUAUCAAAGGAAGUUAAGAGGGAAAUAGCUGAAAAAGUUUCGAGUAAAAGUACACUGGACAAAUGUAUUUUCGAUACAGCCCAGGAGGAGGUGGAAAAUUAUAUGCGCAGUGUUACAUACCCUGCAUUUUUAAGAUCAGAUUAUUAUGUGCAAUAUGUUCAAAAUUAUGUAGAAAGUCCAAAAUCAAGUAGGUCUAGUGGUUCUAAUAGUGCUCGGCCAGUUUCUCAAUCUGGACUUUUACCUGUUGUACAUGAAGAUAAGGAAUUAGAAAGCAAAGAUUUGAAUACAUCCAUGCCGUUACCUGUGAUCAAGGCUCCAUCAUUAACAAAAAGAUCAGAUUUAUCAGUGCGUAGAACAGAAACUCUAACAGGGUCACCAUUGUACAAAACACCAUCAUCAUACCCUGCUCAUGUGUCUUAUGCACCAGUCUCUGCCCAAGACAGUGAACUACAGAGUUUAUCAAGUGAUGCACUUACAGAUGACACUAUCUCAGUAACAGACAGCAGCUUAGAUGGGUAUCCUCAACAUUUUCGUAAAAAACACAGAAGAGCUAUGAUGAAAAGUUUAGCUCAACAAAACAGAGAACCAAGAACAGGAUUACAUUCACAAAUUAUACCUCGAACUGAGCAUGCCCCAAAGGAUAGAAACAUUGCUGAAACUGAGCCGUUACGAUUUGCUCAGUUACUGAUUGAUAAAUUGUCUAAAGUCCUUGAAGAAAGAGAGUCCUCAGCUAAAAUGGAAGAAAAACUGAGAAGCAUUAACAUUAAUGAGGUGGAUAAAUCUGAUGUAGAAACCAAGAUCAUUGCAUGUUUUGCGAAGCCUUUGUGUACUUCAUUAAUACCAUCAACUAAAGCUCCCACCUCUGCAUUGAUACCCCCCAUGGAUGAGGAAUCUGCAGAAAGUAUACUAGAUCAACAUUGUUCGCGCAUAUGGGCAUCUUCCUCACAUCACACACCAUCCUAUUCACCAACCGGGUCUCCUCCACACAGUAAAUCUCCUGACAGACACCAAAGGAAGAAAAUUGGACUGUCUGCAUCAGUGUCUACACCAAAUGCCUACGCAUCUCGGGCAUAUCAUAAAAAACGGGAUUUCUCGUCUGUAUCAUAUGAUAGUGGCAUAGAAAACUGUAAUCUUAUCGUCGGCACAGAGACUCAUCGUCAUAUACAUCACCAUCACCACCACCAUCAUUCAGCUAGGGAGUCCUCUAACAAAAAGAACUUGGUAGAAGUGGAGGCUCAGACCACAUGGAGGGCAGAUAAUCCAUCCAAUACCUCUGAUUAUCCUGAUAAUGCAGGCAGAGGAAGGACUAGUGUUAGAAAAAGUAAUGUUUUACGCAAGACCUGUGAGACAAGUAGUAAUAUUGACAGUGGUAUCAGUGGCAUGGAGUCUGUCAAGCUUGCAUCCAAUUGGAAUAACCCUACAAGUGAAAAGGUUAUGAAAUGGAUGCUAGACAGUGAGACAGUCCAAGAUGUGUCCAAUAUUCUGCCUGAUGUUGACAAAACUUCAUCCACCCACAAGAGGUCUCAUAGACUUAAUCAAUCUGCAACACAGCCUACUCGACAAAGUUCCAAGUCAAAGUCAGGCCAAAGAUCAACAUCUGUUGAAAGAGGUGUACUGUCUACAUGGAAUGGUGCAACACCAAUACUACCUAAUCAACCUUUUGCACAGGAUUCUUGUAUGCCUUUACUUACACCUCCAAAUCCAACAACGCAAUUAGAAGAGGCCAAACGAAGAUUAGAGACACAAUCACAGUCAAGGACAAUGUGUCUUUCUCCUGUCAAAUCCAACUCACGGCAGCGUCAAGCUACAAGUGUCCCUCCAAGUGUACAGCCUACAGAAACUAUUAUUGGCAUUUAUAUGGGCCAAGAGCCCAUCCCUUACAGACAUCAAUUACCCGGGCGGGUCAUUACUCUAGCACAGAUCAAAACAUUAGUUACCAAACGUGGUGUUUUUAAAUAUUAUUUCAAAAGACAAAGCGAUGAAUUUGGAGAAGGUGCUGUUUUUGAAGAGAUAUCAGACGAAAAUACAAUAGUUCCUAUGUGGCAAGGGAAGAUAGUUGUCAAAGUGGAGCGAAUAGAUAUCUGACUUUAGGUUGUGUUUGAAUGUUUGACUGACUGUUGUUAUGUGUAUGUGUGCUCACAUGAAACAAAUAUUGUUUAGAUGAAUGGUGGGUUGAAAGUGUCCUAUUUGUAUAUUUGAAGGCUAAAGGGAAAUAACCAGUGUACAAAUGUUCUACUAGCCAAGUUGUACAUACAUGUCUGUAGUGUGCCAUCAUUAUCUCAGGGAAACUAGAGCAUGUUGGUCUAAAUGAAUCUAUUUAUAGUUUGAUACAAGUUUGGGCCAUCAUAACAAAUAUUGCCUUCCACUAUGAUAUUUUAUAGGUCAUGUUUAUUCUUAGUAGGGCUAUGUGGCUUCUAACUAUAGUUCAAUGCAACACAUGGCAAUUGCAAAGUUGUAAAUUUUACAAACAAAAAAAAAGAUUUAUUAACUUUU